AUGGACAAUAUCAUCAGUUUGGAUUCAUUGGAGGAGCCUUUACGUUGUUUCAGUUCACUUAAUACCUCGUGUUUGAAGAUUGAUUAUCCUUUACAUGUUCGGGUUUUGCUCUACAUCCUCUUUAGCACUUCUUCUCUUCUCACUAUAUUUGGAAACCUGCUUGUGAUUAUAACUGUUGUACAUUUCAGACAAUUACACACAUCAACUAAUUACCUCAUUCUCUCUCUGGCUGUUGCUGAUCUGCUUGUAGGAGGAAUAGUGAUGCCUCCCAGCAUGAUACGCUCUGUGGAAACCUGCUGGUAUUUAGGAAACACCUUUUGUAAAAUUCACACCAGUUUGGAUGUCACUCUGUGCACUGCAUCCAUUUUUAACUUGUGUAUUAUUUCUUUAGACCGAUAUUAUGUUGUGUGUCAUCCGCUUCUGUAUCACAGUAAAAUGACUCCAACUGCCAUUAGAUUAAUGAUCAUAGUGUGUUGGGGCUUUUCUUCAGCAAUCGGGUCUGGGAUGAUAUUUCUGGAGCUCAAUAUUCUUGGAAAUGAGUUUUAUUACAAUAACUUCCUUUGUGAAGGUGCAUGUAUGAUUUUACAAGAUAAAGCAGCAGCUGUGCUGUUUCCUAUGUUCUGCUUUUACAUCCCUGCAGUAAUCAUGCUCUGUGUGUAUGGGAAAAUCUUUUGCACUGCACAAAGACAAGCUCGUGCAAUUCAAUCCACAGAUUCACAGAUGACGACAGCCAAAGAAAAAGCCAGUGUGAGCAAGUUAGAAAAGAAGGCCACGAAAACAUUAGCCAUAAUCAUGGGAGUUUUUCUGACCUCCUGGUUGCCAUUUAUCGUCUGUAACUGCUUCAAUCCAUUUAUAGGAUAUUCAAUUCCUCCGAUUCUGUUUGAUUUAUUCUUCUGGUGCGGAUAUUUAAAUUCAAUGUCUAAUCCGAUCGUGUAUGCCUUUUUCUACAGCUGGUUCAGACACGCUUUCAGAGUCAUUCUGUCUGGGGGAAUAUUUCGAGCCAAUUCAUCGCACACCAGAUUGUUUUGA